CCUGCGGCGCCAGGCGGGGCGAGCUGGUUGCUAGGUCUUGGUGAAGCGCAGCGCUCGCGCGAAUCUCUCUAGUCCCCGCCCUCCGAGGACAAGCAUGGAGAGCAUGGAGCCGAUCCCGGGCCUCACGGAGCAGCAGGGUCCCGACAAGGCAGCUGGGAGGGCAGAGCAGGAGCCUGCGCCCUGGCAGGCCGUCCCCGUGCUGUCCGAGCAGCAGUCCGGGGCUGUGGAGCUGGUGUUGGCCUACGCUGCGCCCGUGCUCGACAAGCGCCAGACCUCUCGCCUCCUCCGGGAGGUGGCUGCCGUCCACCCGCUGCCCGCGCAGCCCCACCUCAAGCGGGUGCGCCCCCGGCCCGGUGCCCACGGCGCCCCUGCGCUGGAGCUGCUGCUGUGCCUGGCCGGCCCGGCCCCCGGCCCGCGCUCCCUGGCCGAGCUGCUCCCCGAGCCCUCUGUGGAUCCCCACGGCCUGGGGCCUCCCUUUCUGGUCCCCGUGCCCGCCCGGCCGCCCCUUACCAGGGACCAGUUUGAGGAGGCCCGGACGCACUGGCCCACGGCCUUCCAUGAGGACAAGCGAGUGACCAGCGCGCUGGCCGGGCAGCUCUUCUCUGCCGGGGAGCGAGUGGCUAUGCAGGACCACAUGGCUCGGGCGGUUCGCGCAGCCCGGCAGGCGCUGGCCCAGGGCUUCCGGGCCGUGGGGGCAGUGGUGGUGGACCCCGCCGAGGACCGCGUGCUGGCCACGGGCCAUGACUGCCGCAGCGCCGCCAGCCCCCUGCUGCACGCCGUCAUGGUGUGCAUCGACCUCGUGGCCCAGGGCCAGGCCCGCGGCGCCUACGACCUCCGCGCCCACCCGACCUGCACCUUCUCCCCAGCCGCCGCCCCACCGGCCCGUGCAGGCGCCGUGCGCAAGCUGGAGGAGGAGGAAGACGAGGACGGCCAGCCCUACGUGUGCACCGGCUAUGACCUGUACGUCACCCGGGAGCCCUGCGCCAUGUGCGCCAUGGCCCUGGUGCACUCCCGCAUCCGGCGCGUCUUCUACGGGGCCGCCUCUCCCGACGGCGCCCUGGGCACCUGCUUCCGCGUCCACGCCCGGCCUGACCUCAACCACCGCUUCCAGGUGUUCCGCGGUGUCCUCGAGGACCAGUGUCGCCUGCUGGACCCCGACACGUCGUAGACUCCGCGGACCUUCUCUUCUGGACCUUCUGCGUGGCCCCAGGCCGCCCUGCAGGCUGCUGUCCUGUUCCUCAGUUUCGGGACACUGCCCUGCCGGGUCCCCACCUUCUCGCCGACAAGGGUUCCGCCGGGCAGGGUCGGUUCCUGCUUCGGAGCCCUCCCUCCGCCCCACUGUGUGUCGGAAGCAGUCCUGACCUGUGCCAAUAAACCUUCCCCAACCCGA